AUGAAUAAUAUCUCAGUGGUGACUGAGUUCAUCCUUCUGGGCAUCCCUCACACAGAGGGUCUGGAGACCAUGCUCUUUGUCCUGUUUCUGUCCUUCUAUGUCCUCACCCUUAUGGGGAACAUGCUCAUACUCCUCGCAAUUGUCUCCUCCAUGAAGCUUCACACUCCCAUGUAUUUCUUCCUGUGUAAGCUGUCUAUCUUUGACAUAUUUUUCCCUUCUGUGAGUUCUCCCAAGAUGCUGUUCUACCUCUCAGGAAGCAGCCGAGCCAUCUCCUAUGGAGGUUGUGUAUCCCAGCUCUUCUUCUACCAUUUCCUGGGCUGUACUGAGUGUUUCCUAUACACAGUGAUGGCCUAUGACCGCUUUGUGGCCAUUUGUCACCCUCUACGCUACUCCAUAAUCAUGAGCCACAAAGUAUGUGCCAUCCUCGCCACAGGGACGUCAUUUUUUGGCUGCAUUCAGGCCACCUUUCUAACUACUCUCACUUUCCAGUUGCCCUACUGUGGUCCCAAUGAGGUGGACUAUUACUUCUGUGAUAUCCCUGUGAUGCUGAAGCUGGCUUGUGCAGACACAUCAGCCUUGGAAAUGGUGGGGUUCAUCAGUGUGGGCCUCAUGCCCCUCACCUGCUUCCUUCUCAUCCUCACCUCCUACAGCUUCAUUGUCUUCUCCAUCCUGCAGAUCCGCUCUGCUGAGGGCAGACGUAAAGCCUUCUCCACCUGCAGUGCCCACCUCACUGCCAUCCUGCUUUUUUACAUGCCAGUUGUCCUCAUCUACCUAAGGCCAACUCCAAGUCCUUGGCUUGAUGCAACUGUUCAGGUCUUGAAUAACCUGGUCACCCCUAUGUUAAACCCAUUGAUAUACAGCCUCAGGAAUAAAGAGGUGAAAUCAUCACUGUGGAGGUUCUUACAUCCGCCAGGGUUCAUUCCUGAGCAGUUGUAA